GUUGAUGUUGUUGUUGAUGUUGUUGUUGUUGUUUACCUGCGUAGCAUCAAGCAGAAACUCCCUCUCACCGCUCGCUUACACACGGCUCACAGAUGGAGACACCCUCACAGCACAGCUCCACGCUGGCCAUCUCGCCGCUCAUCGGCAACAGAACACACGACACCAUACGAUCAACGCCAAAGGAAGCCAACAUCAGCCAACAGAGCAGCCUUCACAACUCGAGCUACAACCUGACGCCUGGGAACGUUGGCAACAUCUCGGAUGUGUCUGCUGCGGAUAGAUUGCGUCUAUGGCGCCACGACGCCCUGAUGCAGCACCAUUACAAGACCGCGGAGUACAUUGGCGACAAGGUGUUGACGUUGACCAAUGACCCGAAUGAUGCCUUCUGGUUGGCUCAGGUUUACUACAACAACGGCGAUUACUACAGGGCGCGUCAGCUACUGUCGAGGCAAAGGCUGGACACCACGAGCGUCUCGUGCCGCUAUUUGGCGGCGCUGUGUCUGAUGAAGAUGGAACAGUGGGACGAAGCACUGGACAUUGUCGGUGAAACAAACCCUUUUAGAAAUGCGUCGCACAAGGCACAGAAUACCGAUGGUGGCAUCAAAUGGGAGGCCUCGUUGUGCUUCAUCCGUGGAGAGAUCUACGCGAAUCAGAACAACCUGGAAAGGGCCAAGGAGUGCUAUACAGAAGCCAUCUUGGUGGAUGUGAAGUGCUACGAGGCGUUUGACGAGCUCGUAAGGAAUGACAUGUUGAAGCCUCAAGAGGAGUGGGAGUUGUUGAUGCAGUUAGACUUCUCAGAGCUUGGAGAUAACGACGAAUUCAUCCAUCAGUUGUACGUCACUAGGCUGAACAAGUACAUCAACCAGAAGAACCAGGAGAAUGCACAUUUCAUCUUGAAAGAGGAAUAUUCAAUGACAAACAACUCAGACGUCAUUGUCAGUAGAGCUGAAACGCUAUACGUCCAGUGCAAGUUCCAGAAGUGUCUUGAACUUUGUGAAGAAGUACUCAAGGAGGACGAGUUGAACUUUGCAACGUUGCCGAUAUAUUUGGCAUCUCUGCACGAAUUGAGGGCCAAGAACAAGCUUUACCUCAUCUCUCAUAAAUUGGCUGAACAUUAUCCAAAAAAGCCCAUCUCAUGGCUUGCUGUGGGGAUAUAUUACCUUGCCAUUAACAAGAUCCCUGAGGCGAGAAAAUAUUUCUCCAAAGCUUCUUCUUUGAAUCCAAACUUCUCAGAAGCAUGGAUUGGAUUUGCACAUACAUUUGCUGCUGAAGGAGAACAUGACCAGGCCAUUGCUGCUUAUUCCACAGCAUCUAGAUUCUUCCCAGGUUCUCAUCUACCGAACUUGUUCCUUGGAAUGCAAUACCUUCAAAUGGGUAAUUUGACGCUUACGAGUGAGUAUUUGAUGUCAUCCUUCUCGAUCUGUCCGAAGGAUCCAUUGUUGUUAAACGAGAUCGGCGUUAUGAAUUAUCACAAGGGUGACCUUUCGAAUAGUGAGGCGUAUCUAAACCAAGCAUUACAGGUUUCUAGGGAUAUCGAUUCAGACUCUAAAUCGUGGAUUUCGAUAAAUUCAAACUUGGGCCAUGUCUAUCGUCGCAUGGGCCUUUAUUCAAAGGCAUUGAUGUGCUUUGAGGAAGUUUUAAGGGUUUCUAAAAGGGACCCGAACGUAUAUUCUGCUAUUGGUUUGGUCUACCUUAAAAUGGGAGACCCCGGUAAGGCGAUACAAAACCUUCACUAUUCGUUGGCUACAGGGACCCAUGAUCCAGUGGCCCAUGACUUGUUGAAAAGAGCAUUGGAUGAGAACCUCUCUUCCAAGUGCCAGGAAGAGUUCUUUGCAAAGACCUCAAGAGAGGCUCUCACUUUCAGCAGUGCAACAAAGACCCCAUUGAUGAAUAGAACCAAGCACGUUUCAAAGAGCAACACGCUGAACGAUUCAGUGGAUCAAAUUGCUACUGAUUUAAUCAACGGUGCAGAUUCUAGUGAUGAAGAUGAUGAUGAUGAUGCAAUAAUGGAUAUUGAGAGUGAUUAAGUCGUAUAUAAUUUGAACGUCGUUUACAUGAUGGGGGUGUUUUGCUAAUGAUAUAUUUCUUCUCAACCAGUGAACUAAUCUGUGGUAGUCUUUAGUGCGGUAGGGUGCUUCUUUGGUCUUCGUGCUCUCUGCUUGGUGGUCUUUUUAGUUGAUUGGUCUGCUGAAUCACUUGGUGUAAUCUCCUGUUUGUCCAUCAUUGGUUUAGCACUCUUAUUCUCGGCUGGUUUGGUGCUCUGAGGCUGUGGUCCAGGCCUCUGGUUCUGUAUAGUUGGCUUCUCCUU